GUUCUUCGGACGUGUAUGACUAACCUAAUCAUUCCAUACGAACGCAAGAUACAAUCGCGUCCUGUUCAACUUCAGUCAUUUCUUAAUCCUUUCCUCUAUCUAUCAUUAUCUUCUUUCUUUUAUUGCCUUAGCCGCAUCCUUUAUACCCUGGUGUUACUAGCGUUCUGUGACACUGCGUCACCGAUUGAUCCGAUACUCAUCCCGACAUCUUGCCGCAGCGAACAAUCAGUCUACAAGCCCCCUACAUGAUCACUGUCCAUCGAACUCGGCGCCAGCAUUCUAGUCAUCAACAAGCUGUUCGAUCUUUCAACUUCUCGCUGGCCACUGACACCACAUUUGAAUUGACGCAGCCUAAGGUCCAAAUUGCGCCAUCUCCACACUUUGCGGCCUGUCGCCUGUUCUCCUAGUCACCUAAUCUGUCGAACGAUUACAUCUUCGGGCCUUCCUUGAUCUCGAUCAAUCCAUGUCCAACCACAUAACCCCUACUCUCUACCCACAACUGAGAAGAUAGCACUCCAAAGCCAUCGCCGCUGACUGCUCGACACAGCUCUGCACGCGGUGUGGCGGAGGAGGUGAAGAUGGCGUCUACCACAUCACAGUCUAGUACAUCUAGACGGUCAAAGGAUUCCGAUCGAAUAGGCAGUUUCCAACGCCAUGAAGAGAUUGGUCGAGGUAGCUUUGCAACGGUGUACAAGGCUGUACAUACCAGUUCCUCCGGUACACAGAGCAUCGUUGCCAUCAAAUCUGUGAAUAUGUCGAAACUUAACAAGAAAUUAAAAGACAAUCUCACAUCCGAAAUCUCGAUCUUGAAGGGACUCCAUCAUCCACAUAUCGUUGCCCUCAUCGACUGCAAAGAAUCCAGUGCUCACAUACAUCUGGUGAUGGAAUACGUAGCUUUGGGGGAUCUCUCACAUUUCAUCAAGAGGCGGGAACAAAUCAAGGACAGUGAGUUGGUGGGCAAUACGAUGAUCAAAUAUCCAAAUCCUAGGCAUGGCGGUCUAAACGAGGUGCUGUCAAGGCACUUUCUACAACAGCUCGCGAGCGCUCUGCAAUUUUUGCGAGCUAGAGAUCUCAUUCACCGCGAUGUGAAGCCGCAGAAUCUCCUCCUCAAUCCUUCCCCUGUCUAUUUCGAAACACACCAACCUCGUCCGAUGCCGUAUCAGCCUAGUCAAGAUGCUCUCAACCCGGUCUGUGGAAUCCGAUCUCUUCCCAUGCUGAAGAUUGCAGAUUUCGGAUUCGCCAGGUCCUUGCCAUCUACAGCCCUGGCAGAGACCCUGUGUGGCUCUCCUCUAUACAUGGCACCUGAGAUCUUGCGCUAUGAGAAAUACGAUGCUACGGCUGACCUUUGGUCGGUGGGAACAGUGUUAUAUGAAAUGGUCACGGCACGGCCUCCUUUCAGAGCUUCCAACCAUGUUGAGCUGCUUCGAAAGAUAGAAAAGAGUGAAGACAAGAUCAAGUUUGGAGAAGAGAUCCAAGUCUCGGAGGAGAUGAAAAAGCUCAUUCGGUCGUUACUUAGAAGGGACCCGAAGGAUCGUUUGACAUUUCCCGAGUUCUUCAAGAAUGAAAUCAUCACCGGACCUAUCCCAGGAUUGCAUCCUGAGGAUAUGCCCGAAGAGCUCGAACAGCCAGAGACAGAUCGUCGACGAAAUAGUCGGACGGAUCCUACUGGCAUUACUCGUCCAAGUUCGCGGAAGGAGCCCGAGAGUCCUUAUAGCGAUACUACAAGACUUGCCUCGGCGGAAAAUCUUCCACGCAGAUAUUCUGUGAGUCGCCGAACCUCAGCAAAUAAGGAUCAGCUUGCAACUUUAAGGCGCCCUUCCAAUGAGCGUGCCUCCGGAGCCGCCUCUCCACCCAGUCCCAGCGAACCUCGACCAGCUCUGCAUCCACAUGCAACUGCGCCUGGAAGACAAGAAUUGGUCUAUCGGCCAUCUUCAACUCCGAUGGCUCGUCAAUCGAGUGCAGGCUCCCACAAGUUGCCACCAUCCUCGUUGCGGGAACAAGUUUACGAUGAGAGCCAAGAACUUGCCUUGCGGAAGCAACAAGAGGAGAAAGAAAGAGAGCGUGUCGCUCAAGAUAUUGCCUUCGAGAGGGACUACGUCUUGGUCGAGAAGAAAGCCGUGGAAGUCAACGCUUUGGCCGAUGAAAUUGACGCCAUUCCCCGGAUGAACAGAAAUACGGCAGCAUCACCGAAAUCUGGAGCAAUGGUUCGUAGAGCAACGACACAAGGCCCUCCUGGCUCUGCAACGGGUGCACAAACUAGUGCUUCUCGAGCCGUUCAGAUCGCGUCUGGUAGGCGUCCAGAUACCUUACACAACCGGCAGAGUUCUUAUGAGAGACGUUAUGGCCCUAGCCCCAGCUCAGCAACAUCGGCCAUCUCGAAGGCUCUAAAUAUGGCAAGCGGACGUCUCUUUGGAGUUGGAUUUUCUCCACCGGUGAACUUCAUGCGUGGCGGCAAAUCUCCUCCGAUCAACUACAGCCCAUUUCCAGCGUAUCCUGGUGCCCAAAGCAGUUUGAUUGUAGUCGGAGACUCUUCCAAAACCCCAGCAGCCACCGAUGAGGAUACGAAGUUUGUGCAUCUCGUUGAGGAGAUUGCGACGCGAAGCGAUGUUGUUUAUGGCUUCGCUGAAGUCAAGUAUAAACAGCUUACCCCAGCCAUUCCUUCUCAACCAGGGCUCGGUUUGCGAAACGCGUCCGACGCCACGAGCUAUGACAGCCCAUUUGGUGCAUCCAACGAAGAUCUUACUGUAGAAGCUACAGUCAUUGUUGCGGAAGAAGCACUCGUACUCUAUGUCAAGGCACUCGCGCUACUAGCCAAAGCCAUGGAUAUUGCUGCACGCUGGUGGAACCGCAAGAACCGUGCUGACGCACUAGAUGACACAGCCUAUCGUUCCUCGACAACUGCAAACCAGCGGAUGAAUAAUGUUGUUCAAUGGAUAAGAGGUCGCUUCAAUGAAGUCCUCGAGAAAACCGACCUCGUACGACUCAAACUUGUUGAUAAUCAGCGUCGACUACCUGAGGACCACCCUAGCCAUCCCAACAACAUUUCUACUGCGACAGCUUCCAGCACUGGUAUGGGCACUUCAGCCGAUCAGGUGGUUGUAAGCUCUGGGAUUACGGCUGAGAAACUCAUGUAUGACCGUGCCUUGGAAAUGAGUCGAGCUGCCGCCAUCAACGAGCUGACGAAUGAGGACCUUCCUGGAUGCGAGAUCUCGUAUGUUACCGCAAUCCGCAUGCUCGAGGCAGUAUUGGAAAGUGACGAAGACGCUAUGCCCAAACAUGCGAGUAGCGCGAGUGAUCAGGACGAGAAAGAGGACUCGGCACCGAUUAACGGCUUAGAAGCUGAAGACAGGAAGACGGUGAAGAACUUGGUUCAUAGUAUUCGCGGACGACUCACCGUCAUCAGACGUAAGCUACAGGUUGUCCAGAAGCGAUCAUCUGCUCCGCUACUAUCCUCGCCCAGCAGAGCUUCUCCGCCACAACUAAAUCGAGGCAGUGUCCCCACGGCUGCCCUUGUUACGCCAUCACGUUGACGACUAGCAUCAUGAUUUUUGUUUUCGUUUUGACCUUAGGCAGGUAUUAGAACUUUGCCAUCAUUCCCCUCCCGGCGUUCACCUGCAACAAUUGACAAAUUCAACGGUUCGGUCUCGCAUCGUGUUGAUGAGGGCCUUCCUGGACUUGUACUUUUUUUUCAUUUGCAUAGGCUUGAAGGGAUGUGGGUGGGUGGAUGGUUGGUGGUUGGUUUGUACAGCGAGGUCAUGGAAUUUUAUCAAGGCGUACGGUUCCUUUACUACCACGACCAGAAUGAAUUGCUCCAAUUUGAUGAAGAGACGGUUGAGCUUGUCCCUAGGUUAGGCAUGGAAAGAUACCCCCGUCAUGAGAAAUGGAGCUGGUGCAAGGGAUUGAAUUACUUGAGUGCUGAGUGGCAAGCUUGUUGUGAUUUAGUCUUGUACCUCUUCGAGGGUACAAAGGUGGCAUUGCUUUUUGACAGCAUUGGUAGUGUUAGUCCGGACAGCCAUGCUGCCAGGGGAGUUGCCCUUGGUGGAAAGAACGGCGACGAAGUCCUCACAAUAAUAAGAGAAUCAGUUUCGACGAAAGACAUUUCGUGUUAUCCUGACACGGAU